AUGUCUAACGCCAGUCUCAACGUGUUCCGCCAGCCUCUCAAGCUCUUCUCAACACAGCCCAUGACAGGCUUCCACCGCGACGGCUACUGCCGCACCAGCGCGCUGGACCGCGGGAACCACGCCCUGGCGGGCGUCGUCUCGGAGGACUUCCUCGACUACACCGCCCGCCAGGGCAACGACCUCCGGCCCUUGGGCCUUAGUGAGGGCUGCAAGUGGUGCCUGUGCACAGGCCGGUGGCUCCAGACCCUCCGGGCCUUCGAGAGCGGCAGCAUCCCGCGCAGCGCUGUCCCGAAGGUCGACCUCGAGGCCACGGAGGAGAGCGCGCUGAGGAGCGUCGAUCUGGAGACACUGAGGGCGUUUGCUGUUGAGGGGCAGGGGCGGCAGGGGCAGCAGGUCAAUGGUGUUAACGGCGUGAAUGGGUUCAAUGGGCACUAG